AUGCAGGUAUCUGAGGGCGCUCCAGCACAUGGCGCGGUAGCGCACCUGCUACCGCAAACGUACAAGAGGCUUGUGUCGGAAUGGCUCGAGGAGGACACGCCGAGCUUCGAUUAUGGCGGGUUCGUGGUUGGGGAGGAGGUGUCGGAGGCGAAGCUACUGGGCAAGAGCGAGGGCAUAGUAGCCGGCGUGCCAUUUUUCGAUGAAGUGUUCCGUCAACUAGGCUGCACUGUAGAAUGGCAUGUCAAAGAAGGCACGUCCUUCCAGCCCAUUACUCACUGCGCCACGGUCCGCGGCCCCGUCCGCCACCUGCUCCUCGGCGAGCGCGUAGCUCUCAACACGCUUGCCCGCUGCUCCGGUAUCGCUACCAAGAGUCAUCGCCUGCUGACUCUUUUACGUGGCGCGGGAUACCCCAACAUCCUUGCUGGUACCCGCAAAACCACGCCUGGGUUCCGUCUCGUGGAGAAGUAUGGAAUGUUGGUUGGUGGUGUAGACGCGCACCGCGUUGAUCUCAGCGCCAUGACGAUGCUAAAGGACAACCACAUCGUCGCUGCGGGAAGCAUUACCAACGCUGUGAAGGCUGCCAAGGCUGCAGGUGGUUUCGCAAUCAAGGUCGAAGUCGAAUGCCAGUCUUUUGAAGAAGCAGACGAGGCGAUUGCCGCGGGCGCUGAUAUCGUCAUGUUGGACAACUUUACUCCCGAGGGCGUCCAAGUAGCUGCUAAGGACUUGAAAGAUAAGUGGGGGCGUGGCGUUGGCGAUAGGAAGCAGUUCCUUGUCGAGGUUAGCGGAGGCUUGACAGAGCACAAUGUCGAGAAGUAUGUUUGUGGAGACAUUGAUAUUGUGAGCACGAGCAGUAUACAUCAGGGAGUACCGCAUGUGGAUUUUUCGCUCAAGAUCGUGCCGAAGAGCAAGAAGACCGUCCUCUCCCUCCCCCUCCUAACCACCGCACACCCCACGCCCACCGCCAAUACCACCAACACCACUAUAUACACCCUCACCGACGACCUAAGCUCCAAAAACUUCUUCCCCUCCUUCUCCCUCUUCUCCUCCCCGGACCCCACCAACGGCUUCGUCCAAUACCAAAACCUCUCCUCCGCUGCUUCCGCCUCCCUCCUCGGCUACCUCUCCCCAAACAACUCCAUCUACCUCGGCGUAGACCACAUCACCAAAGAUGCCUCAGGCCGCGCCUCCUUGCGCCUCGAGAGCAACAAAAGCUGGAAUCGCGGAGUACUAGUUGCCGGCAUCCGACACAUGCCCGCGUCGCAAUGCGGGGUCUGGCCCGCGUUUUGGAUGCUAUCUGCGUCCAAGACGUGGCCCGAAGGCGGGGAAAUUGAUAUUAUCGAAGGAGUAAAUGAAGCACGGGGGAAUGCGGUGACGUUGCAUACGUCAGUGGGGUGCGUGGUUGAGGAUCGAGCUGGCGCGGGCGAGUUCGCGGGGACAAUGGUGACGCGGAAUUGCGAUGUUGAUGCCCCCGACCAAGGGAAGAAUGCCGGAUGCUCGAUUCGUGCGCCGGAUAGCGGAGAGAGGGUGCAGGUGGGGAUUGUGCGGGAGGAUAUGGGUGAGGCGCGGGCUCCGUCUUACGGCACGGGGUUCAACGAUGCGAAGGGUGGGGUGUAUGCUAUGGAGUGGACCGAAUCGAGUAUCUCGGUCUGGUUUUUUCCUCGCGAUUCACCUGGGUAUACGGAGUACUUCUCGCAGUCGAACGACACGGCUGCUACCUCGCCGGAUCCGUCGACCUGGGGUCCGCCCAUGGCGCGGUUCAGCGGCUCCGGAUGCGAUUUCAGCGAGCGCUUUGUCGAUAUGAAGAUUGUGUUUAACACGGCGUUUUGUGGUGAGUGGGCGGGGAAAGUGUGGGAUGAGGAGUGUGCGGCGAAGACGGGUGUGGAGACUUGUGAGGAGUAUGUCAGGGAGAAUCCAGAUGCCUUUCGCGAGGCGUACUGGGAGGUUGAGGGAUUACGCUGGUUUCAGAAAUCGUAG